AAAGAAAAAUAUAGACCAAUUCAAUUUCGAUACAAUACAAAAAUUUGGGUUUAUAUGGAGAAGCAGUAGACAUGUAGAAAUGCAGGAAAUCAAGGAAGAGAGCAUUGACCACUCCAAACCCCCAACACUCGAAGCUUUGGGACACUAAGUGCAGAGACAGCAUUGUGGAUUCAAAGGGAAUAUAUGCAUAAUCGUGAAGCUAUGAGUUAUUGCUAUUGAUGAAGCUUUAACAGCUAGCUUUUGCAGCUACCUUAGCUUAAUUUUGAGAUAUUGUGAAAGGUAACAAUUGGGACUGUUGAGUAUAAUUCUAUAUACCGGCUGUUUUGGCCCUUUAACUUCAUAAAGAGGUUUUGGAGCAUGAGUCAGAUUUCCAGCGGGAGUGAUUUAGAUUUAGACAUUGACUUGGAGAGUGGAGGAACAACGAGUGAGGAGGAUGUGAGCAAAAAUCAGGCCUUUGGCUACGCAAAUUCAAAAAGGCUGUUGGGUAGGGUCAGGAGUGGGUUAAUCAGUCCUGAGUCACUAAGUGAAUGUACAAGCGACGAAGACUGUUCAUGCUCAUAUGACAAAUUUUUAAAUUCUGAUGAAAUUCUUGCCAUGAACAAGGAGCAGAUGGGUAGAUGUGCACAAGUCGGGCAUAAGAAAGGAGAUGAGGAAAAGCCUAAGAAGCAGAGUUCUACAAAGCCAUCAAAGCCUCCUCGUCCUCCUAGGGGUCCUUUAUUGAAUGCUUCAGACAUGAAGUUGUUGAAGGAAAUUACUGAGCUCAAGUUGAAACGUAGAAAGAUUGAAAGAAGUGGGACUUUGAGGAAAGUAAAAAAGGAGAAGGCAUCAUCACUGAAAACUAAUGUUCUUGCCUGUUUGGUGACUGUAGCCUUUUUAGUGGUUAUCAUCUUUGAAGGCUGCAGCAUAGUUAUGCCGUAACAUAAAAAGUUCAAGUAACGCGGGUGGCAUGAGAGAGACCGGUGCCUCCACCGAGCUAACUUUUUUUUUGCCUUUUCAUUUCUUCUUCUUCUUCUUCUUCUCUUAGUUGAAGUCAGCAUCAUAAUGUUAAACCCAGAAAGCACAAUUUGGAGACAUGUCUGUUGUGUUGUGUCCAUCACAUAAUAUUUUUGGUUUUAGGACUUCUAUAAGUCUUGGGGGAUCUGCAAUUGCGCCAUUAUUCAUCACUGUACAAAUUGGUUCUUCCUAACCCUUAUUGAUGGACUCAUCACAUAGUUCUACCAUCUA